AUGGAACUCUGCCGACGGACCGAAGAAUGCCUCUCCCUUUUCGAAGAUGCAUCAAGGCACCAGGCACUUGCCGACGAUGACUGGUUCGAAGAUCGGGCUGCCGACUUUGUGUGGUGGUCGCACGGCUUGAAAGCCCAAAAAACUGGCCGAAGCUCUCUUGAUUAUCGACUAAGAGACCGACCAGAUAUCCAAAAAGUCAUUGCAGGCCUUCUCGAUAGUUUGGCACAGGCCUUGAAGGAUUGCCUACAACCCGAUGACCAUGAGGACGAGGCUUCCGAGUCCGACAACAGUUCGAGUGGUUCGUCCUGGUCCGAGUUUUCGGACGAAGUCAAUCAGUCAAAGGACAAGGACGAAGCAGACACCCCAAAUACCGAGGAUUCUGACCCUAGGUUCUACAUUGAAACCAACGUCAAGCUGCUGGCAAAAAUAUCCAUCGCAAUUAGGAGAUCAGGGGCAAAGCUGCGCUACUUGAAAGCCGAUGCCUACCUGAAAGAUCACUCAGAUGAUGACGAGUACACGCAGCUAAGGAACCAUCUCUUCUUCCUGAUUCUCGUCGGGCCCUACGAACAAAAGCUUUUCGGCGAGCUUAGACGUCGAACUACUAAUGAACAUCUACCGAAGGCUGUCGAAAUCGUGAUCCGUUCGUGGAUUGUUGAUCCCUCUCGGGCGACCUCGAACCAGCAACGGCUUGUCGAGACUAACAUCACAAGGAGGAACAGGAUUGCAUACGCGAGACGCUUCAUCAGCAAAGGUUCUGUCCCAACCAAGAGCAAAGACGCAGCGGCUUCGACGAUCGUCCCUUCGCCAUUCCCAGAUGCCGUGCUUCGGCCAGCCAAAGAGCCAAGCACUUUCGGCGCCGAUGCACAAGAGCCGUUCCCAAUUGCGGACCCCAUCCAAGCGUUGCCUAUACCCCCAGAGCCUGCGAAAUCCCCGACUGCAAAGACUCUGACAGCGACGGAGCUGGGUUCGCAGUUCGUCCUACCUGUCAUCGUGCCGUUCGAGCCCAAGAAGGGGGCCAUGUCGGUUGCGACCAAAAUAACGCAAACCGGCAUCAAACAAGACUAUCCAGCAUGUCCCGGCAAGAAGGGCAGCUUCCAGUGCCCGUACUGUGUGCAAGUUCUUUCUGAGGACUACACAGUAAAGUCCAGAUGGCGGGGCCAUGUUGCGCAAGACUUGAAUCCGUAUUCCUGCAUCUACCAAGACUGCCCAGAUUCCCAUGACCUGUAUGCAACCAAGGAGGAAUGGAUCAAGCAUAUAAGGAGCCAACACAACGAGGAGCGCUGGGUUUGUGACGAUUGCAUUUUUGAGAGCGACCAGGACGAUGAAUUCAUCUUCGACAGCCAGGAGCUAUGGGAGAGCCACAUGAGGUCCCUACACAGCUGCCCGGAUGAUCGCCUGAUACUACUAUGCAGCAUGAGCAAGAGAAAGCUCGUCGAGUUGGCCCAGUGUCCUCUUUGCAAACGGCCCUGUGGGCACUCGAGGCCGGACGAAGAUGACCACAUUGCAGAGCAUCUUCAUUCAUGGGCAUUGAGAGCCCUUCCUUGGGAUUUGAACCCGGAUGAUGAAGCCUCCUCUGAUUCACCCGAGAUGGGAUCUGAGAACGACUUGGCGAGAAUGUCAGAGAUGAGCGAACUCCCCGAAGACGAAGCCGACAGCAUCACAGCAAAAGUAUCAGACGCAAUCAAGCGUGAGGUGACUCGCUGGAGGACUGACUGGAAGUACGAAGAUAAUGACCUCUCGGAUCGAUUCUACGUUUUGGCUAAGGCCUUUGGAGAAAUCAUUGAGAAAUGGUCAGCUCAUGGUCAGCCUGACACGCAGAAUGAGACUGCGCUGCAAUAUCUCAUGAGCAUCAACCAAGCCAGGUUUCAGCUGUAUCAUGCCUCGGAACUGACUGCCCAACAACGGCAAGACAUGGAAGACAACCUGUGUAUCAGCAUCGAACUUGGUGUAGAAUACAUGGACGGGUUAUUAGGUACGGAAGAGGAGGAGCCAUCUCGGGAGCCUUCCAUUGACGCAGAUGAAAUCGAAAGAUCCAAGGCACCGCCGCCACCACCACCACCACCGCCUCUAGUGGUUGGAAUCCCCAUCGUUACGGGUGAAAACAUACCUCCAUCGGACGACGAAAAAGAGGCUAUACUAGAAAACGCUCGAAAACAUAUUCUCCACUCCAACGAUCGAGAAAUGCAGUUGGUCUGGGCCCGUGACGUUUUAGUUUGGGCCAUGACUGCUGAAAAGGUCAGGUGCAGGGAGCCAGAACCUCAACCAAUGGCAGAUACCGAGCGACAACUCAGGACCAGCGCUCUGGAUAUCAUGGAGUUCUUGGCCCAACAAGACCAUCCAGAGGCACUCUAUCACGAAGGCAAAUGGCUUGAGCUGGGGCAAUUUGGUCGCGCAGUGGAUAUUGAGCAGGCACUAGACAGAUACCGCCGAGCGGCGGACGGCGGCUCCGGGCGCGCUCAUUAUCGCUUGGGCAAGCUAUAUCAGCGAGAGUGGGAUGACUGGGAGACGGCUCUCAAGCACUACGAGAAAGGAGAGGGGAUGGGAGAUACUGCGGCAAGCCUCCACCUGGCCUUUAGAUAUCUGUACUCGAGCCAUUUCGAGGAACCAGAUAUAGAAAAGGGGGUGGCCCUGUUGAAGCAAUCGGCGGACAAUGCUGACGAGGAUGCUCCUCAAGGCGCCUACGUCUACGGAUUGGCCAUACUAGGAGAACUGCCGGACUUGGCCAUAGAUGAGUCUUUUUUACCCAAAAACACGAGCACGGCUUUCAUGUACAUCGAAAAGAGCGCGUAUAUCGGGUACUCCAAGGCGCAGUGGCGAUUGGGAGCCGCAUACGAGAGAGGGGCCUUGGGCUGUCCAGUGGACGCAGCCAAGUCCAUACACUACUUUCAUCUCGCAGCAAGGCAGGGCUGGGGAACUGCAGCCUACGAACUGGUUUGGUGGUUCCUGCGAGGCACACGCAAAGAGGACCUGGUUGUGCCAGACCCGGCACUGUCGUUCAAGUUCGCUCGAUGGGGAGCAUCUGAGGACGACGGUGGAGCAGAACACAUGAUGGGCUACCAUUAUGAGACUGGCACAUACGUACUAAAGGACAUUGGCGAGGCGAGGAAGUGGUACGAGCGCGCCUCGAAUCAUGGCUGGGGUGAGUUACAACAUUUGUCAUGCCAGCGAUUCGCAGCCUUGGAGGAGCGAGAUGAAUUCGUCUUCGGGGUGGCUCUCGAUGGCCAGUCCCGUCUGGGACCUUAUGUGGAACCGAGGACACUCAUCGUCGCCAUGGAUGUGGGGGAGAUGUUCUCGUCUGUGUCCUGGGCGGAUCCCGUACAGCUCUUCGACUUCGACAUUAAACAUGUCGAGCUUUUCGGUAGCGGUGACCUGGGAUUUUCACCACACUCUCAAAUUCCCACGCAGUAUGACCCGGAAACUGGAGCAUGGGGGAACCCAUUCUUAAAAGCUGCUCGACUGCGUAAGCUCACAAACACUCACCGACAGAGCUGUUUCUCCCUCUGGAAAGACUUGUCCAGCAGCAUUGAUCAAGUUCGGAACCAGGCCCUCGGACUUCUGGAGGUUCAUUCAGGAGAUGCCGUUAUUGUGUGUGAUUGUGGCGGCACUGGUGCGCGUGCUGCCAGCUACGAGGUCCUCCAUGCGGCCCCUCCUCUAGUCCACCAACUCACAAGCUGGGAUAGCGAAGGGUUUGGCACACGCUCGGUCGAUAUGGAAUUCAUUGACUAUCUGCUCAACCGUUCAGGUCUGAGUUGGAGGACAUCAUCCAAAUCCGCGCGAGAUGAGCUGGACCGGCUUAUUGUUGAAGAGUGGGAGUAUGGCAUAAAGAGAAGCUUCAGGGGCGAUGAGAGACAUGACAUUGACCUACAAGUGCCAAGAAGGGCCAUUCCCGUCAUCAGACGGCUUCGACGCACAUCGAGCACGCUGUCAAUUAGACCAGAAACGAUUCUUAAAUUCUUCGAAAAGACUUUGGAAACUAUCGAACAAGUUGUUAACGCACAACUCGCAGCUCUGGAUGCUAUAGGGAAAAAGCCAAAUUCCAUCGUGCUGGUUGGGGGAAUGGCCCUAUCGCCCUGUGUUUUUCGACAUCUUCGCCAAAAGUUUGACAUUGCGUUUCAUCUGCCUGAUAUGGAUGGCCGUUCUUCCUUUUCUCAAGGAGUCGUGGAGCUUGAAUAUCGACACUCGGUGGUAAACCGGUCACCAUUUCUGGCUGAAGUAGAAUAGAAAGGAUCCUAAGCGACUAUAUCAUCUAAUGAAAUGAGGAAUGU